UUUCCUUUCAUUUCUUCAAUACAAUUAUACACUUCUUUUUGUAAAUAUUAUUUUAUUAUAUAUAUACACACACACACUUUGUUGAUUUCCCAAAAGACACUUUUUCAUAUAAUUCAAAUGCCGACAUUUCUUUCUUCUUCUUCUUCUUCUCCUUCUCCACGUCCAUCUUUAUCAGAAUCAGCUUUACCUUCACGAAGAGUUUUAUUACGUACUACAAACAACAAUAAUCAAGUUACUUCAUCUACUAAUGGCAUUCGUCCUGCAAGAUUCCUUAAACCUUCAACAUCUUCUACUAUUCAAAACGACAACAAUAACAAUGUGACUCCUAAUAUGGAUCAGUUUCUUAAUUUAUUUGAUGUUUAUUCUCAAAAGGUUUAUAUGGAAGGUUAUUUAAUGCAACAAGGAAAAAAAUACUUUGUAGAACUUUGUGGAUGUACUUUAUCUUUAUGGGAUACUGAUCGACCUGGUACUAUUGUCACUCCUGACUACAUUCCCAUCAUGGUUGAUACCAAAGCAAACCCUACUCUUCGUCAACAAUUUACUUUAGACCUCUCUCACAAGAAAAAAUCAAUGUUAUUUGAUACUUUGGAUCCUGACUCUUUGACUAAAUGGAUAUGUGCCUUACGCUUGGCAUGCUUUGAACGUCAAUUAUUACAUCAAUUCUUCACCCUGCACCUCUUUUCACAUUCCGAUUUGACUUGCACUUCUUCAUCUUCGGCUGGUCAUCUUCAAGUCCUUUUACCAAAUAGUAAGAAAGAAUGGAAAAAAUUAUGGGUCAUCAUCACAGAUAACAAUAAUACAACAAACACUAAUGCUACAACAAAGAAAUCAAAGAUUCUCGGUAAACAAGACACUGCCAAUUCUUUCUCCUUAUCUACUACUUCCGGCCCUCGUCUCGUGAUAUUGGAUUCCAAAAAAUCAAAAACUCCUUUAUUAUGCCUUACUAGAAUUAAUCAUGCCUAUGCUGUUUAUCCUGAAGUACCCUCCUUGAUUGCCCAAUCUACUUUGAUUCGUUUAGAAGGUGUUCAACAGGAUGAUCAACCUAUAGAUCUUCUUUUGAUGGCGGAUUCAAGUAAACAUAUGACUCUUUGGUUAUCUACUUUAUAUAAUGCAUUCAAUUUAUAUGGACGACCUCAAUCCUUAAUACAAGAUCCAACUGAUCCAAUGGCUUUGAAUUUUGGUGAACCUACCUUCAAUGAUAGCAACGCUGGAUUUGAUGUUAAUCAUCCUUGGUGGUUGAAUACAGAUGAUGUGGUGCAAGAUAUGGAUGUUUUUGCCUCUAUGACCAGACUUGAAAUUUAUCAUCGUUUGGUCAAAACUCUUCAACGAAAGCAAUCAACUUCAACUUCUUUUCAACAUGACAACAAUGACAACAAUAAUCUUUCCUAUCCUCAACAACGUGCCAAUAGUUUACCUCUUAUUACUGUCGAAUCCUCUGAUACACCAAGACAACGAUCUACUUCUGAUGCUGGCAUUUUGGAUGAACCUGCCCUUAAAUCUGCUUUACAUUCACAGGUAGCAGAUUCUAGUGAUGAAAGUGACGAUAAUGCGGAUGAUGAUGAUGAUGAUGAUGAAUUGGAUGAUGAACCUGAUAGUGACGAUGAGCCUAUUGGAAAAAACAAACCAACCAAACCAACCUCCUCUACCAAUGCGUUUUCAUCUCUCCUUAUUCCUGAUUUUGAUUUUGGAAAUGGUUUUGAUACUGAUAGACGUGCAAGUUCAAGUAGUAGCUCCUUUUUAUUAUCUGGUAUCUCCUCCCCUACUUCAUCAAGUACUGGAACUAGACCUUCAUCUCGUCAACAAAAACGACAACAGCAACAACAGCAUAGUAGUAGUGGUAGUGGAAGUAGUGGUAGUAGUACAACAAGUAGCAGUGGAAACAGCAUUACUCUCAACAAAAAGUCUUCUCUUUUACCAACACCACCACAACCAUCACCCACUUCAUCCUCUUUAUUUGGUGAUUUUAGUCUUACCACCGAUUUCAACAAAUAUUUGGACCCAGCUCUCAAUAGUCCUUCUGCUGCUGAUCGAAAAUAUUCUUUACCUUCCAAGUUAUACAGUAUGAACCAUCCGAGUGGAUUUGAUCGAAGGCGUUCUUCUUGGGAAAAUCAACACGAUUUGAUGUCAGGGAACCACUAUGGAUGGGACAACCGAUCUCCACGAUCUCGUUAUUUGGAUGAAGAUUACCUAUACCAUGAUGGAGAUGAUGAAGGCAAGAAUGGUGAUGAUGAUGAUGAAGAAGACGAGGAUGAUGAUGGUGAAACGGAUGAUUACGACCGAGAUGGACCUUUGAUUCCAGCAUUGAAUGAUCACUUUGCCCCAAGAAAUAGUUUAUUGGAUAAUCAUGCUGGUGAACAACUUUCAGCCAAGGAACAAAUCGAAUAUGCUCGUGCUACUGGACAACCGUUGAUUCAAGUACCUUCAAAACCAAAACCUCCCAAAGGUGGUCUUGUUGGUGUCAUUUCGCAGCGUGAACAGAAUAGACGUCAAGGCAACGGGACACGUGUCGCAGAACGUGUGCAUCAACAUCAUGCUGAUCGUUUUGAACGUGAAAAAGAACGGAGAAUCUUAGAACAAAGACAUCAACAAUAUAUGAAGCAUCAGAUCAUGAUGUAUGCUGCCAAUGGUUAUGUUCAUCCAAUGAUGAUGCAUCCAUAUAUGACAACUCCUCCACCAAUGAUGGGUUCACCUCUUACACCCAUGAUGCCCCCCGGAUCACCUUAUUCAAGUACGAGUAGUCCAGUGACACCUACAAGUCCUAUGCCUCCUAUCAAUGGAUAUCCAAGCAAUGGUUAUUUAGAUACUCGACCUUAUUCUCCUUCAGGUACUUAUGUCAACCCCAUGAUGCGUCCUUCCAGUCCCUCUAGUCCAUAUCAAACUAGUGCAAGUUAUAGUGGUAGUAGUGCUAGUACUGGUCGUCGUCAUUCAAGACCUUUGCUUUCCGAAGAUGAAGAUGAACCUUUGUAUUCUCCUCAAAUGGCCCAUCGUACCAUGUCUCCACAAUUCCAUCGAAAAAUGCAACCUGCUCCAUCCUCCUCUUGUAAUUCAAGUAUUGGCCUGUAGACCUCAUCUCUUCCCAUUAUACUAUUCUUUUUUAUUACUAUCAUUCUUAUUACUAUUAUUAUUACAAACAAAGAUAUUACCCAUCAUCUUCAUUUUUAUUACUACUAUUAUUAUUAUUAUUCCACAUUCUCAUAUCACAUAGUCUCAUCUUUUUUUUUUUAUUCCCUCCCUUGUCCUUCUACGUGUUCAAGUAGCGUUUUUUAUUUUUUCUCCUUUAUAUCCCCCCCUUUUUUUUUUAGUCACAUACACACACACUCUUUCUCUUUUUUUUUUUUUUUAUUCUCCCAAUAUCAUUCAUAGUACGAUCAUCCCCUCCCUAUUCUAGUCUAUAUUAGUUUCUCUUAUAUAUAUAUAUUAUAUAUAUAAAAUAUAUACACAAACAUUCCCUUCCUAGUUCC